CCCGCCGCCCGAGCCUGGAGCCCCCCCGCGGGCUGCGGCUGCCCAAGCCCGGGCUGUCCCGCCGGCGGGAAGGGAGACCGACCGCUCCCCGCCGCCCAGGGUGAGAUUGCCUCUGUUCAAAGAAACAGUAACGUACCAGGACUACGCAAGGUGUUAAAGACCACAGCAUUCACCUAGACUAAGCAAAGCUUUCACCUAAAAAGACUAAAAAAAACAUGGCAGAAUUUACAGGUUACAAGGAAACCUCAAAUCGGCACCUACGAUUCAAAUUGCAGAGUCUUAGUCGCCGCCUUGAUGAACUGGAGGAAGCAACCAAAAAUCUGCAGAAAGCAGAGGAUGAGCUGCUUGACCUCCAAGACAAAGUUAUCCAGGCAGAAGGCAGCAACUCCAGCAUGCUGGCUGACAUCGAAGCCCUGCGGAAAAGAGUGCUGAAGAUUGAAGGCAAGGAUGAAGAAAUUAGGAAGGCUGAAGAGCUUUGCCGGUUAAUGAAAGAAAAACUUGAAGAGGAAGAGAGCCUCACCAGAGAGUUGAAGUCAGAAAUCGAACACCUUCAGAGGAGAAUGGCAGAGCUGGAGAAGCUGGAGGAGGCCUUUGGCAGGAGCAAGAACGACUGUACGCAGCUGUGUCUUAGCCUUAAUGAGGAAAAGAACUUGACCAAAAAGAUAUCUUCGGAAUUAGAAAUACUUAGAGUGAAAGUGAAAGAACUGGAAGCAUCUGAGGACAGGCUGGAUAAAACUGAGCAGAGCUUAACAGGUGAAUUAGAAAAACUGAAAUCCUUGGCACUGAGCUUUAUCACUGAAAGAAAACAUUUUAAUGAAAGAGAAAAGCAGAAUGAAAAAAUUAUCCAGGAGCUAACACAGAGACUAGAACAAAACAAUAAACUAAAUAGGGCAGAUCAAACUAGAAAUGCAUCCAACUUGCUAGAAAGGUCAUCAAAUAAUCUCCUGGACAGAAAUGAUUUGAGAAUUGAGGAUGACUUGACUUCUGCAUUGCCCUCUAAGGAGACCAGAAGGAAGGGAAGUGUGGAUUACCUGAAACAUGUAGAAAAUGAAACUAGGAAUAAAUCAGAAAACCAAAAGAAUCAAAAUCAGGAAGACAACAAAGUGAAAGAUCUCACUCAAGAAAUUGAGAAACUUAAAACUCAGAUCAAACGUUUUGAAUCUUUAGAGGAAGAACUUAAAAAAAUGAGAGCCAAAAACAAUGACCUGCAAGACAGUUACUUAAGUGAACAGAAUAAAAAUAAACUCUUAACAGGUCAGCUAGAAGAAAUAAAAAUGCAAAUAAAGAAACAGAAAGAUCUGGAGAAUGGAGAGGUCGAAAAUGAAGAUUCAAGCUUUUUUAGCAGAGGAAAACAUGACAGACCUAAAUACCGAGGUGUCACAGUGGAUUUGACAGCUGCCAAGCACAAGCCAAGGGAGCUCUCACCCCAGCAGCGCCGGGAAAGAACAAGGAACAGAGAUUUCUCUGUCAGUAAUGAUAGCUACAGCCAUGGUGGUAAACAGGUGCCCAGUCCAAGCUUAAUGAACAGAAAAGCAGGAAAAGCAUCUAGUGCAUCUGCCCUUGCAGACAGUGCUGUGACAGAUACGAAACGACUGGAAGAGAAAUCCACUUUUUCUUCUGGUCAGAAGGAAGGCUGCAUCACACAGAAUGAGGGGAAGCGAUCAAAAGAGCAGCCAUCUGUCCUCAGCCGAUACCCUCCUGCUGCGCAGGAGCAGAAAUCUUGGAAAUCACCUUCCAAACCUGUUGCUGACACAGGGCUGAGAUCCAGGGCCGAAAAGCCAUCUCAGGUGCUCCGUGGCAACAGCCAAACCAGUGCUGACACAAGGGAUGAAAAGUCAAGCAAAGGAGAAUCGGUGGCUUCUUUGGCCGAGAAGCUGAAAACAAGUCAGGCAGAAGUCAGUGACUGCUCAGGUGACAUGCCGCUCACCAGGGGUAGUCACACCUCUUCCAAUGGCACAGCUUCAGCACACAGGUACCACCUCUCCUCCCAUGUGUCAGCAUCGGACUCCACUGGCUCCAAACCAGAAGCAGUGAACACUUUUGCUGCAUCACACAAACAGCCCUUGGAGGGGAGGGCUAAAAGAGCAAUAAUCUCCGAAGAAAAAGAAUUUGCAAGCACAUCACUUGAAAGUGUGAGGCCUUCAACACUAACAAAGCGUUCCCAUCACUCCAGGAGUCAGGAAGACAUUCUGCAGAUUCUCUUGAAUAAAGAAGACACAGAGCAGUCUUCAGCUUCAGCAACAGAUUGUGUAAAUGCUGGCUUAAAAACGGACUCCAAAGCCAUCCAGAGUAACCAGGAAAAGCUUAAUUCAGAUGAAGAAUUGGGACGAAGCAAAAAAACAAUCACUCAGUUGGAUUUUGAGACAAGAAAGAAAGCUGGUUCCAAGCAGUUCUCCAAUUCCAGGGGAGUUUUUAGAGCAUCACUUUUUGAAAAUGACAAAAACACUGUAAAUGAUGAAGACUCUACCAGGUGUAUAAAACCAUCAGAUGCCAGCACUGGAGAACUGAAAUCCAGAAGGUCAUUCAGCCCAAGAGAAGCUCUGAGAUCCAAAGCUGUCAUUAAACCUGCAAUUGUUGAAAAGGAUAUGAAGGCAGUCAUGGGAGGGACUGUUUCUGAGCCAGAGUCAGAAAAACAGAAGUCUGUUUUUAAAACGGUAACAAGUAAAAUGACAAGCAGCAUCACAAUCUUCCCUUCUGAGCCAACAGGUCCAAGGACGAGUGCAGAUACAGCAGCAAAGGAAAGGCAUGUUACCACCAGCAACAUCAGAGUUGCUCCAAAUGAGCCUUCACCAAUAACAAACAAUCUCCCCACACCCUUCGAGAUAUCAAUUAAUAAAAGUGCUCUGAAAUUAUCUGAGACAGACAGAUCUGGAGAGGCAGCACCAAGAAGUAAAGCAGAAACACUGGUCUCCAGAAGCAGCAUUGUGAUAAAGACUUCUGAACUCACAGAGAGGAACAGUGAGCCGCCUUCGGAGACAAUUGGCUGGAAAAGCCGUGGCUCUUCAGAUGCAGCUUCUUCUGAAACAAAACAUGUCACUGUGAGAAGUUCCUGGAGAACAAGACAAGGCUUACAUUCCCUGGACGACUCUCAAACCAAAGUGGAGAAAAGUGCAGCUUCCAGUACUACAAACACGUGUAGGUCUUCAGUGGACCUCUCAGAAAUGGAAGGGAACAGCAGAAGAACAAACUCCCUGGAGCAGACCUCAGCAAGGACCAGUGCCACAGCUAAUUCCUGGAGUGUCCCUGAACUGGGGUCCCGAAGGACCAAAAGUAACUUAAGUGCAUCUGAACUGCUAACACGCAGGAGCUAUGCAAGUGAUCGUACAGUAGCUUCUGCUUGGCACCGGAGCACACUACCUGACGAAAGCAAAGAUUUUGUGCCUAGUUCCAGAAGAAAACAAUACGGCUCUUCUGAGUACCUCUCCCAGGUUGACACACCAGGGAAAAGACCAGCCGCUAAGAUGGAGCUGCAGGACCCUGAAACCAACCUACACGCUCCACUGGGUCUCCAAGCAGAGGAGCAGGUAUGCGAGUUCAAGGCCCAUCCAAAAAAGAGAGUUACAAGGCAAGAAGCUAAUAUCUGAAAUGACCUCCCAGUAACAUAACUCAGAGAACUUGUCCAAAUGAAUGUAAACUUUUUAGGAGAAAUCCAGUCUUAAAUUAGCACUCCCCAGAGCUGAAGCAUCUAUUGUAUUGCCUUGGUAAAUUAUUCUACUUAUUGCCUAUACUGGUAAAACAUACUACCUUAUUUUUCUGUUCUAAACUUGUUUUAGCUUUAUGGCUAAAAAUUUUCUCCAGGGGGUAAGAGGUGCUGCAUCUAGUCAUCCCCUGGCACACAUUGGACAAUUGGCAAUGGAAGAAAUGAGACAAAAUCAGAGCCCCUGACGUUUCUGCUUCAACUGUCUGCUGUACUACUAGGGUGCUUGUCUGCUGCUACAUACCUGCUGCUCUGCCUCCUAAAGCACGUUUUGGAAAAUGGCCCACAUUAUAAUGACCAUCACCUAUUGGCUGAAAUACGAAAAAAAGUGUAUUCCAGCCUCCUCACAGGUGGCUUCCUUCAUAGGGGUUCAGGCAGCCUUUAAUUCUUCGGUCCACAGCCACGCUUGUGUCCUUACAAAGGAUUUCUGGCAUUCUCUCUUUGCCUGUGCAGCUGCCCAGAGCAAAGUGCAUCUUUCCAUUUAUGGAUCACCCACAGGAGGAAAUAAGACCUCAACCCUGCCAUCAGUGUGCACAGGAGUUGCUGAGUCUGAGAGCAGCAGGAUGCAGCGAGGCAGCUGAGCGUCCUACAUAGUCAUACCUGUUGGUGAAGCUGCACAAAAUUAAGAGUCCAGAGGAACACGGUCCCAGCUGAGCUUUGCAGACUGGCAUUUAGUGAUAGUUGAAGUUUGCAGUAGGAAGCAGUGAACUCACACUGUCCCUGUUGGUAUCUGAGGAAGGGGACUCCAUAGCAAUGCUCUCUGUGGUCACCAAGAGGAGUCAUCCACAGUGACAUUCAUCUGGCCAGAUGGAGACUUCUGUACGUGAGGCUGGGCUGGGCUUCCUUUGUCUGCACAGACUGGGUCAACAGCAAAUAAAAACUUGGUCAGGUCCCCAUAACAUCAUUUGGAUCUGCCCAGACCUCCGCUGACUGUAACAGGAGCAUGAACACCUUGCACAUGGAGAUCAGGUCCAUCUCCUCUGUGCUGUCAGGUGUUGUGCAUCUCACUUGCCAGCUCCACGUGCUGGGUGUGGAAGUAGGUGCUGGGUACACUACAGCAUUAAAAAAAAUGAUAAUAGGCCGUGCCUGUGCAGGGCAGGGCUGGGCCAUUCCGCUUUGGGCUUACUCCACUGACAGAGCUUUUAGCUUCCAAACUGAUCCUGCCACCACCCUCCUCUGCCCCACCAUCGGGCAGAGAUCCUGAUGGGCUUUGGAUGGCUGCCUAGGGGCAAUCAUGAUACUAUUCACCAGAGCAAAAAUGCUGCCAGAGGCAGCUGCAGGUCCUGGCCAGUCUGUGAUACUGGGGGGUUGUCAUUUACAGGGUGAUUCCCGUGCCUGCCGGACAACAUCUCGGAGAUGAGUUGUAUUCCCUUCCACUCAAUGGACACACUGCACAAUGGAGGACAGUACCUAGCUCACAGGCAUCACACCUGUUGGUAGCAUCUCCAGAGGCUUCAGUUAGCCUGAAACCAGUUUUAUAAUGCGAUUUGCAAGGUACAGGAGCUUUACCAGUGAAUUCUUUUUCUUCAUUGCUGAAGAGGCAGCUGCAGAGACUUUGCUCAGGGGACUCCCACUUCUCAUCUCUGUACCUGCAAAAUUAAUCUCCAUAGGAUGACAGAUCUGUCUCCAUAUGGAAAUGGUGACUGCAUAGCCACUUUGAACGAUGGUACUCCCUGGACCAGCGAGAACUUCUUGGUAAUCACUUGCAUUUAGACAAAAUCCCACCUGUGAUUACAGUCCGCCAGCCCUACACGGCUCCACAACUGAAAGCUUUCAGUUCCUGAGAGUUUGCAUUCUCCUAAUACACCCUUGUUGGCUUGGAUUAUGGUCACCUCAGAACAUGUGUUUCCAGCACCCCCCAUAUCUUGGCAGGAGGAAACCAUUCCACACUGGUUGCUUUACACAUUAAGAGGGAAAGAGCAGAAAAUGUUUAGAAGCAGUUUCUUCCCUAUUGCUGUCAGUCUCUGCAACAACCUUUUCCUGACCUGCUCAUCACCAGCUGAGAUCAUGCACCAAGGAGUCAUCCUCUGAGCCACACCAACAGCAGUUCACACAGCAGUGACCCUUCCUUCUGACUUGGACUGAGGUGCUUUUUUACCUGAAGCUUUAUGUCCAUCACACUCUGCAGGCAACAAUGCUGCUGCUUGUUCUCAGCAGUUGAGCUCUAAGGGAAAAAGAAACAAGUGCUUUUCCUUGUAGACAAGCAGAAUGUUCCUUCCAAAAACAGGGUCAAGACAGCAGGAUUAGACUCUAAGCUGAGUUCCAGUAUGGCUACCUAGGCAGCCUAGGUCUAUGCCGCUCUUUAGAUAAUCACCCCACCCACCGUAUUUGGGACCCAGGUAUGGUCAGAGGCUGCUUCAAAGGCAGAGGUACGUUACCCUUUCAGUGCCCACAGGCCACCAAGUGCAGAUGGCAUGACUGUCGGGGAAGACACCACCCCUGCAGCUCCACGAGGUGCUCAGGUGUUGAAGCAGCAUCUGCUCUGGGCUCAGCGAUUGCAUCUGGCUCUUACGGCCGGGGUCUGACAGUCCUUCCCAUACACUCCACUCAGCUGCAGGGCUGGCCCAUGCUUUUCCUGUCCUGUCCACAAACACCACUGAGCUCCCCCCAGGGCUUUCUUCUGCCUGUCGGAAACAGGUGCCCCUGUCUGUGGUGGGACAAGGACAGUGCCGCAGAAGGAAAAAAGUCCCUUCCCUGGUUUGGAGAUGCUGCGACCCAGCAGCUGCCAUGUCUGAGUUGCAACCCCCACUCACUCCCACAUUGCACCUUCCAGACAAGCAGCCUGUGAGUAUCCGUAUGUGCACAUCCAUGUGCCCUGUCUCCUCCCUCUCCCUUGGAAUUAUAUGCCUCAAUUCUGAGAGGCAAAUAAAUCAAAAAAAACCAGAGUUGGUUGGAAAAUAUCUAUGGAAACAUUUAUAUAAAAGGAAAGUGUUUCAGUCACUUUUUUUUUUGUAAUAAAGAUUGUUUGGAGGAAGGGAAAAACUAUUUUGGAAAAAAGUCCUGUUGCAGUUUUUAGAUGGUUUCCCAAAUCUAUCUUUUUAACCCUUCAUUUAUUCUUCUAUAUUUUAUGAUAUGUAUAAUUGUCAAGUGCAUAACAUGACAAAAAGAUAAUGCUUUUAAAUUAGUACUAAGUGGCAUCUCUAAUAACCAUAAAAUUAAAAUAUAUUAAUUGUUAUCUCCUACCAUUUCAUGACAGGUCAGUGCUAGUAGAGAAUGGGAUAAAUAUAUCAAGCAUAAUGGCCAAAAAAAAAAAAAAGUUUAAUCCAAAGAAAAAGGGAAAGAAACUGAAAUUCUGAAGUUACAUUCAGAUUUCUGAAAUGCCUCCCCCUGCCCAAUGUUUAUGAGGAAAUACUGAAAAUUAGUAGACAUUUUGCAAUCUGAAACCACAAUGUAUUUUCUUUUUUAAUAAGUCUGUGAAAUUGCAGUAUCCACCGUGAGAGCCCUGCUUUGGUCAGAGAGUAACUGUAGGGCAGGACCACCACCACGCCAAAAAAAAUUAGUGAGAUUGAUGACUUGAACAGCACCUGUUCCCUGGCCUCACUGCGCCACCUCGCAGGCUGCCCAGGGCUGAGGAACCCAGCUGCAGCCUGGCCAGCAGUGCCGUGUCUCAGCAGGGCUCUCACAGGGCUGGCUCACUUGCAAGACUCUGGACAGCCUCAGGACGCUGCAUUCUGACUAUUUGGCCCUUAUUUUCAUUUUAAAGAAAAUAUUUCCCUUUAAAACUAAAUACAUUGCUUUAGGUCCUCUUCUGUCUGUUGCAGGGGGGACAGUGGUGCACACACCCCUUGUCCCUCCCGUGCCAGUGUGGCUGCUCCCCCAUGUACCACCCGAACCCCUCCUGCAGCACCCCGCUUGCUGAACCUGGCAGCUCUCAUGCUGGAGGCGUUUUGCUGGGUACCUACCUCUUCAGACCACACAGCAAUUAUUUACUUCCCUUUAGAUUCCCAAACUUGCUGCCGAGCAGCUCUGGAGCUGUAGGAUACAAACCCAGCUCCAGUCACCAUGGCAGAACUGCUGCCCACCAUCUGCUUUGGCACCACAGUUCAGUCUCACAGAGAAGCAGGGUUUUUAUGAGCACCUUCCCCCCCGCCAUCGCUGCUGCCCACAACUCCCAGCUUAGUUUUACAAGGGUCUGGCCAGCACAUACACACUCAAGAGGAUGAGUAUGGCUUUCAGCAGCAACUGUAUGGCUUUCCUCCCAGUGAUGCUGAUCCCCGUCCUGCUGCAGGACAGUGGGCCAUAUCCCACAGGACGCUUGGGGGGCCAUGCAUAUCCACCAGCCCACUCACGCUCUUGGCAUGGAUCAAGCUUAGCAUGGUGCUUCCAAAGCUCCCUCCAAAGGAAACCAGUUUCAGUUCUGGACAGAAAAGUUCUGCAUCCCUAAGACACGACGUGCUGGGUUAAUACAGGCUUCCCUGUACCUACCCACAAAACUCUGGCUUGUCAACUGCACAGCUCAUCCCAGUAAUGCAACCCCAUGUCUGAUGUGCAAGGGAAAAAUUCACCAGCAGCAAGAGCUGUUGGUUUUUUCCUUUCUGUCAGCCAGGCCCAAGCUUUUCCUCAGCCACAGGCAACCAGAGGACUUCACCCUGCUGCUCGGCUGGCUCAUUGCAGGCAGCAGGAGCCCCAGCUACUGACCCAGCAAUGCAGUUCUUCGGCACUGUCUGCUCUCAGGUGUAUCUCACAGGUGAUGUCUCUCCUUUCUCCAGCUGCCUCUCCUUUCUCCAGCUGCCUCAGUCCUUUGUUCAAUAUUUUACAGUACAUACCUUUAACUCUUGCUCUAGACUCACUGCUUGUAAAUAAUGAACACAGAUGUCACUCAGUAACUGUACACUGGGUUGUUUUUACCACAACUGAGAUUAAACCCUCCUUAAAAUUGAAAGGGGCCAUGCCCUCUAAUCAUGAGUGCAAUAGGAGCUGAUUGUAUUAUGAAACUUAAAGCAAUGACUUCAGAAAACACAAUGUGUUUUACUCAAAUUGCACACUUUUUUGAACAGCUGUAAAAUAGAGUAUAUGUGUAAAUAUUGCCAUCACUGAAGAAGUAUUUGUAAUUUUAGCAUAUAAAUAUAACAGGCUUUUCAGUGGGCUUGAUGCCACAAGGCUGCGCAUCAAGCACUUGGGUAAUUGCAAAGUUGUAAAUGUAUUUGCUGUACAGAGAAAGUGUCAGUGCUUACUUCUCCCAAGGAAAUGGAGACACUGGUCCCUUUUGGAGAGCUGCCAGUGGCUUCCCCCAGAAUGACUGGCACCAGUCUGAGCUGCUUUGCUGUGUGGCUUCCUUUGUGUCCAGAAACACCGUUGCAGCAUGCAGAGCAAUGACUCUCCAGCUGCUCCACCAGCAUGGGGGGGUGCCAGUUUGGCAGAGCAACCACUGGUGCUGUGCAUUGUCAGCCUGUAGCUUGGUGGACACAGGAGGGGAGACCCACAGUCCUCCUGCGGACGUUCCUCCAGGAAAGGAAAAAAACAGGAAGCACAGGGCAGGGUGGUGCACCUUGGUGCUUCAAGAGACACUUAACAUGAGCAAUUUCCUAGCUACAGAUCCAAGCAAUAGUCACGUUGGUGUCAUCACUAAUAUAGUAGACCUCAUCUCUGCCACCCUUGCACAUCACUGGAGUGGUCAAAGCGCUGCUCCAAGGCCAGCCUCCAGGAGACUGCUCUGCAGGUGAUGAAACAUGAAGCCAUUGUCUGCAGAUGCCUCUGAUGGUCAGUAACCUGAGGACCCAAAGGAUCGCCUUCCUCAGCUGCCCAGCAUGCAAUGCAGACUCCUGCCUUGGGGAAGCAGCACUCCAGGCUGCAUGGAAUGUAUUUUUAAGAGAAUAAAUCUAUUUUUUUGUAUUUGCAGACAUAUAUUUGGGCUGGGGCAGCUUAGUUAGAAGACAACUAAUGCAAGCAAUCUUUUCAUAAUCACAGACUCAUCCAAGUUAAGCAAAUUUUCCAGGGUUACAGUAUUGCCUGUUUCCCUAAAACAAACUUUUAUCUCCAAUAGAGCUAUCAGCAUUGUUUCACCCUCUCAAAACUCUCCAUGUCUCAGCAUGCUCAGUAGAGCCACCCCAGGCUGCCUAUGCAGUGGAUACAGAUGGUGCUCACCACGGUCCAGUUACACAGUGCUCUUGGUCUGCAUGCCAAAUGUAAACAGACACUUUAUCUGCAUGUCUUUCCUGACUCAAGCAUUGUCAGCUCUACAGUAUAUAACCAAUAAAAACUCUUCUCUUUUUAA